AUGGAGGAGUAUGAAGCCAAUGAACAACACCAAGAGCUGACGUCGCGGUUGGAGAAAUUGGAGCCACUGUGGGAGAAGAUAAACGAAUCGAUGACUGAGACGGAAUUGACCGAUACUGAAGCGGAUGAAGCUGGAGAAAAGUACGUUAAGGAGCGUGCAGAUUUUCAAAAUAAAUUCUUUACAUUAAAAGGAUUCCUGCUAUCCAAGCUUUGGGAGAAUCCCGAUCAAAACGCAGCCAUGAGAUCACCCCAGGUUUCGCAGUCCUCUUCUACUACGACUUCUCAUCCGCAUGUGAAAUUACCAUUGAUAAGUCUUCCGAAGUUCUCAGGGGACGUAGGAGAUUGGUUGACGUUUCGAGAUCUAUUCCUGUUCUUGAUUCAUCUGUCUAAUGAGUUGCCUGAGAUUGAAAAAUUUCAUUAUCUUCGGAGCCAGUUGGAAGGAGAAGCUCUAGCAGUAAUAUCGUCUUUGCCAUUAACGCAAGCUAGCUACUGUAUCGCCUGGGAGCUUCUUGUGAAAAGAUAUUCUAAUAGCAAAAUUCUUCGUAAAAGGCAGGUGCAGAAUUUGUUCGACAUUCCAAAUGUUAAGAAGGAAUCGGCUGUAGAGUUACACCGAUUGGUAGAAGGCUUUGAGAAGGCAACCAAGAUUCUAGAUCAGUUAACCGAGCCAGAACAAUAUAAGGAUCUAGUUCUAAUUCAUUUGCUUAGCACAAGAUUAGACGAAAAAACAUGA